GAUCGUCGAGAUUCAUAUCGAAACGUAUAAUCGUAUUUCAACUUGAUUUUGUGGUUUUCUUCAGCUCUCAAUCUCUCUUUUUGUCUAAUCGCUCAGAAAGGAAGAGAUGCAUUUCCUGAGUUUUGAUCAAUGAUAACACAAAUGUGUGGAAUUCAAAUGUGUUGUGAUGCUUUCCAUGAAAGGUGAGUAGAGGACUUCUGUCUUCCGGAAUUAUGGCUUACUACAUUGUUUUCAUAUGUUGGUAUGGGAUUAGAAGACUUUCCUUUUAGCUAUCAGCUUCAUUGUGAUGGCAACAUUCUCAGCCGUGAAAGGAUUAAAAAUGUAACACAGAAGAGCAUUGAUGUUGGGUGGACAAGCUCAAGGGUGAAGAUAGUAAUUGACUAGUUUACCACAUCAAUAUACUGUAAAUAACCUAAGACUUUCAGAGACGACAGUUUGAAACUUUGAAGAACAGAUAAUGGGCAUAUUGUGAAUUGUUUUCAAGGAUUUUCGUAUUUUUUAGGACAAAGUUCAUAGAGCGUUUUCUUACAACUUCAUAAGCAGUCUCUCUAGGAAAGACUUCUCUGACAAGAUGGUGAUAAGAGCGCACUGGGGAAAGACAUGGCAUCUAGAAAUCUCCAAGAACCCGAGAUACUACUACAUUGAGAAGCGUGGCUGGGAUCAGUUUGUGAGUGACAACGCUUUAGGAGAAAACGAGUUCAUUACCUUCACUCACAGAGGAAAUAUGGUCUUUCAUAUCAACAUCUACGAGCAGAAUGGUGUAGAGAUGCUCACACCUCGUGGGAUCAAGAAAGAAGGAGAGAGUAGCUUCAAAGAUGUGAAGAAGGAAGAGGAAACUGAUGAAUCCGCGGGACGAGCUGAGUUCAUAGUUAGAAAGAGGAAGACUGAGGAAUCCAAAUCAUCCAAGAAGAAGAUGGAGAGAAAGAAAGUGAAGAAUGGUGUGGAAACAGGUGAAUCUUCUCGAGGAAGUGAGCUCAAAGCUAGGAAGAAGAAAGCUGAGGGUUACAAUACAUCCAAGAAGAAGAAGAGAAAGAGCAAGAGCAACAGCAUGAGCAAAGAAGUGCUGAAUGGUGUUCCAGAAUUUAAAAUCACCAUAUGUAAAUCACACCUCACGCUCCUGUCAAUCCCAGCACAUUUUUGGGAUGCUCAUAUGCCGAUUAAGUCUACGUUUUUCACGGUUCGUCACCCGAAUGGGAUUGGUUCAUGGAAGGUGCUUUGCUUGAAGAAUCGGAAGACAAUCUUCUCACGUGGAUAUCCGAAAUUGGCAAGAGAAUAUCCUUUAAUGGUUGGUGACAAAUGCACCUUCAAGCUCAUCAAACCCUUCGAGUUCGUCCUUCUUACCUCCAAGAAGACCAGAGAGGACAUCGAUCACUACAUGAUCGAUUGAGGAAUACAAUGUUAAGUGCUUGUGCUUUCUUAUCUAUGGAGACAUUUGUUCUGUUUUGUGUGUUUGUUAAUUUCCCUGAAACUCUUUAGCUUGUAUUUUCUGUAGAACUACUAAUGUCGUGAACUUCGUUGUAAGAUUAUUAUGCAAAAAACUAUCUAUGUUGUUACUUGUCAAGUUUAAUUCGUCUUCUCUGCAAACAUAGAAAUAAAGGGACAAUCAUAAU